AUGAGUAUUAUGCUGAAAUCUACUCUAAGUAUUUCAAGGAUAACACCUGCAUAUAAAUUAUCAAGGUCUCAAUUCAAGGAUACUUACAAAAUUUCACACAAAAUCUAUGGAGGCAAACCUAAUUUGGAAAAAUUAGGUGAAAAAUAUAAAACUGUAAAAGUUAGUGAACUGCCUACACCUAUUGGGACAAUACUAAUUGAAGUAGCAUAUAGGACAAAAAUGACUAUGCUACCUGAGGACAGAGGCAAAUUUAUUAAUCAAUCAACAAUUAAUUCCAAUGACAGUUUGAUGAUGAAGAGUGAUCACUUUUAUACUGAAAGUCCAAGGAGAAAUCAUAUGGAAAAAAAAGAACUAGAUUUGUCUAAACCAUUAACUGCAGGUGCCUUUGUUGACAUAGAAAAAAUUGAAAGAACUGCA